CCCCCCAUCCUCCGCAGGCAGCGGAGAGCAGAGCCGCGGCCAGGGCGAGAGGAUCUUUACAAAGCAGAGAGCGGCAGGAAAAGGGGGAGACACCCCCCCCCGCCAAGGCACAUCAUGGCACCCCUCGGGCUCAAGGCGGUGGUUGGAGAAAAGAUCAUGCAUGAUGUCAUCAGGAAGGUGAAGAAGAAGGGCGAGUGGAAGGUGCUGGUGGUGGAUCAGCUCAGCAUGCGCAUGCUCUCUUCCUGCUGCAAGAUGACCGACAUCAUGACGGAGGGGAUAACAAUUGUGGAAGACAUCAACAAGCGCCGAGAGCCACUCCCCACCUUGGAGGCCGUGUACCUCAUCACCCCAUCUGAUAAGUCUGUCCAUUCACUCAUCAAUGACUUCAAGGAUCCCCCUACUGUCAAGUACAGGGCUGCCCAUGUCUUCUUCACUGACUCCUGCCCUGAUGCCCUGUUUAAUGAACUGGUGAAAUCUCGUGCGGCCAAAGUCAUCAAGACCCUGACGGAAAUCAACAUAGCCUUCCUUCCCUACGAGUCGCAGGUUUACUCCUUGGAUUCUGCUGACUCUUUCCAAAGCUUCUACAGUCCCCACAAGACCCAGCUGAAGAACCCAAUGCUGGAACGCCUGGCAGAACAGAUUGCCACCCUGUGUGCCACCCUGAAGGAAUAUCCAGCUGUCCGAUACAGAGGAGAUUACAAAGACAACGCCAUGCUGGCCCAGCUAAUCCAGGACAAACUGGACGCCUACAAGGCUGACGAUCCGACCAUGGGCGAGGGUCCAGACAAAGCUCGCUCCCAGCUCCUCAUUCUGGACCGUGGCUUUGACCCCUCGUCUCCUGUGCUGCAUGAACUGACUUUCCAGGCUAUGAGUUACGACCUGCUGCCCGUCGAAAAUGAUGUCUACAAGUAUGAAACAAGCGGCAUCGGAGAGGCCCGGGUGAAGGAGGUUCUCCUGGAUGAGGACGACGACCUGUGGAUCACCUUGCGCCACAAGCACAUUGCAGAGGUGUCCCAGGAGGUCACCCGCUCUCUCAAGGAAUUUUCUUCCAGCAAGAGGAUGAACACAGGCGACAAGACCACUAUGAGGGACCUGUCCCAGAUGCUAAAGAAGAUGCCACAGUACCAAAAAGAACUCAGCAAGUACUCGACUCACCUGCACCUGGCUGAGGACUGCAUGAAGCACUACCAAGGCACCGUGGAUAAGCUCUGCCGCGUUGAACAGGACCUGGCUAUGGGCACUGAUGCCGAAGGGGAGAAGAUCAAGGACCCCAUGAGGGCCAUUGUCCCAAUCCUGCUGGAUGCGAACGUCAGCACCUACGACAAGAUCCGCAUCAUCCUGCUCUACAUAUUCUUGAAGAACGGGAUCACCGAGGAAAACCUGAACAAACUGAUCCAGCACGCUCAGAUCCCACCGGAGGACAGCGAGAUCAUCACCAACAUGGCCCACCUCGGCGUGCCCAUCAUCACAGACUCUACCUUGCGUCGCAGGAGCAAGCCGGAGCGGAAGGAGCGGAUCAGUGAGCAGACCUACCAGCUCUCGCGAUGGACCCCGGUUGUGAAGGACAUCAUGGAGGACACUAUUGAGGACAAACUGGACACCAAGCACUACCCCUAUAUCUCCACCCGCUCCUCGGCCUCGUUCAGCACCACUGCAGUCAGUGCCCGCUAUGGACACUGGCACAAAAACAAGGCCCCUGGUGAGUACAGGGCUGGCCCUCGCCUCAUCAUCUUCAUCCUGGGGGGCGUGAGCCUGAGCGAGAUGCGCUGCGCCUAUGAGGUGACGCAAGCCAGCGGGAAGUGGGAGGUGCUAAUAGGGUCCACUCACAUCCUCACCCCGCAGAAACUGCUGGACACGCUGAAGAAACUGAAUAAAACAGAUGAAGAAACCAGCAGUUAAAACAAAACAAAGCAAACGAAACGACGACGACUCCACCUCCCUGGCUUAUGGCAGUCCUCCCAUUGGCUGUCCCGCUAAACCUUACUUUGCUGAUCCCUGGCUCCAUCUCCCAUCCCCAACCCAGAGCUUUCUCCCUGUUCUUGUUUCUAGAAACCUGUCCACCCCCCACACCACUUGCCCCUCAUUUUAAGCAAAAGUCUUUGUGUUGGGGAGUGGGGUUGGAGGGCAGGGAAGCAGACACAAAAUGCAUUGUGUUAAAAAAAAAAAAACGAAAAGCAAAAAUAUUUAUUCUCUAUGUAUGUAUCCCAAACCCCCAACCCAAACGCAUUUUCAAAUAACCCUUUCAUGCAUCGCUAGAGAAGAAUUUUCCAAGCGUUUUUCCAGGCUGGAUGGAUGCACACGAAUUAUUUACAGCUAUGUGAUCUUGUACCUAACCCAGAUGCAAACACAACUGCUCCAUGCAGGGAUUUGCUCGAAUAGGGACUUGGUAGAGUUCUUUCCGUUACUGCUGUCAUUGGGGUUUUUUUUCAGUUUUUUUUGGGGGGGGGGAGAGAAGGGGGUGUAUGUGAUUCUUAAAGGUGUAGUUAUUUUGUGUUUAAUGGAGGAAUAUGUUAAAUUGGGGAUUACCCAUGAUUCCGGCAAACCAGUCCCCAAAUCUUCUGAGGCAUCCUCUGCUGACAGAUGUUGACCAGCCCUCCCCUCUCCCCGAGCAAGGUUCAGGUGAGCACAUCUGGACAGCUCAAUCCGAUUGCUGCUGGAGGGGUGACCUCUCGCUUGCAUGUGUAGGUGGGGCUUCUGAGAACAGCCAGUCAGGACUUUGGGAGGCGGGGGUACGAUGUGCACUUCCCAAUCAGCUCGUUGGGUUAUCUAGUCUGGUAGCCUGACUCCGAAGGUGGACAAUGCUUGAUGUUUCAGAGGCAAGAGUAAAAGCCAAACAGUGCACUGCGCUAAUUGCGGGCGAGUCGGGGGCAGAGCUGGGGGGAAACGGCCGAGCUCCGUUCAGUGAUUAGGUGGUUGUGGCCAGAAACUAGCCUCCCCCUGCUUUAAAUUGGGAUUCUAGAGCUAUUUUGCGGGCAGAAAGGACAUUUUAGCACGAUCUUUCACCACAAAAUAAUGCCCCCUAGAGGGCAGAGCCAGAACCUGCAGGUGCCCAGACAUCCUUGCUAUACUAUACUGCAGCCCAUCCGCAUCCUUUCUCAAAUGGUUCAACCCUUUUCCUACCCAGCCUCAGUUUGGCAUAUUCCUUAAAGGAAAUAUAUAUAUAUAUAUAGGGACAUAUUUUUUUUAAAUGUGUACGGUCAAAAAAAUCUCUCUUUGCUUGCAAAAAAAUGAAUGAAACCAAGGCCGUUUAUAUCUCCGCAUUGAACUUAAGUUAAAAAAAAAAAGAAUAAAAAAAAUAAGCUCGAGGCCGUCACCUCCUCGGUUUCCUCUUGAGAUUCCCUUCCGCAGUGACCCUAGCAGCGCCUCCCCCGUUCGUUUCUGCUGUUGUCGUCCAGUAGUGAAAUGUUCAUGACUGUGGUAACUGCCCGAACUCUCCCACCCCGGCCUCCCCGCAUCCCUCUCUCCUAGCGGACUGUGUGUAUAUUAGUUACGGUGUCUCGUGAUGUUCUUACAAGCUUGGCGUAUAGUGGUUAAACUAGACCUUGUUACUUUUCUUUAAGUUAUUUCCUCUUCCUUUCUCCCACUACCUCUGCACUGCGAUAGUUUAGGGGUCCUUCCCCCCCCCCCCCCACAAGGAAUUGAACUCCCCUCCCUCCUCCCACCCUGCCCUUCCCAAAUAGACCUCUCGGUUUCAUAGGUGUUUCAACUUUUUCCUUAUCAUCACCCCUGUUCCUGGCCCAUAACACUAGAUAAGGGCAAAGUCUGUAAACAUUUGCACUGAUAUUUGUUAGUUAUUCCUUGCCCCGUCCCCUCCUUUUGAAUUUUUUUUUUUUAAUUAGCGUUGUACCUGAUUCAGGAUCUUGUCUGUUGGACAUUUACUGCUUUUUUCCGUUACAGUUAUUUAUAUAAACAAAUAAUUGAUCAAAAAGGAAACAUUUUAAAAGCAUCUCGUCUUGGAACUUGUUUACCUAGAAACUUACUGGAAUCUAAGUGUUUGAAAAGUGUUGAAGCACAAACAUCUAUCAUCUCUGUAUAUCUGUUCUUCUGUACGAAAGCACUCGAGUCAAUAAAUAAAUACGCUCCCAUACAUGGUG